AUGAGCUACGAAAGGCUAAUUUACCGUCAACUUCCAGAAUUUUCAAGCGUUAUAAAGCUUGAAGAUCAACCGAAAUACGCAAUUGCAACCCUAAUGAUAGCAUUUGUCAGUCUAAUUGCCGGUCUGGCAUUGACAAGUAACAAAAAGUCUUCUUUUGUUCUUCGUUUUGUCACAUUUGCAGCCUUUAGUGCGAUAGCUAGCGUUUUCUUUGGUCUGGGUACGGUGUUUUUGACUGACUCUUUCGGAGUAUACGUCUGA